GCCAAUACUCUCCCUCGGCCAUUUCAGGGAGGAAAACAGCUCAAAAAGCCAAGUCAACUCCAAGAACUCCAGUCUCCAUUUUCAUCAUCUUUCUUCUCCUUUCUCCGUUUCUAUUACAGAUUAUUCUUUUGGACUUUUGGCUGUAUAAUACUCUUCCCAAGUAGAAUAGCACAGAGAAUUCAACCGCCUUUUCCAUAAGUCCUCCUACAUUCGCGGAUUCGUAGCAGAUUCAGCUCCUAACCACGUUGAGUGUUGAUGGGAAAAGGAGGUGGGUGUGUCCCAAGCAAGAAAAGGUUCCCAACAGAAGCCUCGGAUCGAGAUCUUCCAGUCCCAGGAAGUUAUGUUCCUAUUACUACCCUAUCAGGACCAGAAGACAUAAGAAGAAACCCAGUUCAGAAAAAUGAAAUUCAGGAGCAACAAUCGAUCAAGAAACUGAAAAUCUUCAUAAUUUUCUACUCAAUGUAUGGGCAUGUGGAGUUGCUGGCAAGAAGGAUGAAGAAGGGCGUGGAUUCCAUUGAUGGAGUUGAAGGGGUUCUAUUCCGCGUGCCAGAAACUCUGCCAAAAGAUGUUUUGGACCAGAUGAGGGUACCGCAGAAGAGCGAUGAGGUGGCAGUGAUAUCGGUUGACGAAUUGGUUCAGGCUGAUGGGCUGUUGUUUGGAUUCCCCACAAGGUUUGGGUCCAUGGCUGCUCAGAUGAAGGCGUUUUUCGAUUCUACUGGGGGCCUAUGGGAGGGACAGCGGCUUGCAGGCGUGCCUGCUGGCUUCUUCGUCAGUACAGGGACCCAGGGCGGUGGGCAGGAGACAACUGCUUGGACGGCAAUCACUCAGUUAGCCCACCAUGGAAUGCUUUAUGUUCCCAUUGGUUACACUUUUGGAGCUGGGAUGUUUAAAAUGGACUCCAUCAGAGGGGGGUCUCCAUAUGGUGCAGGAAUCUUUUCUGGGGAUGGCACUAGGGAACCAAGUGAAACAGAGCUGGCUCUUGCAGAGCAUCAAGGUAAAUACAUGGCUGCAACGGUGAAAAGAUUUGGGAUUGGUUAUAAGGGAUUGGAUCUUCUGAGCCAGCACUAAUGUCCCAUGAUUCUUUGUUCAUACUAUAUAUUUUCCUCAUUUAGUUCUGAUAGUAUUUCCCAUAUCACUUGUCAAUAGAUUUUUGAUAACUUGAGAGCCUACCCUCUUUAGCUUAUUAUUCUUUGGUUUUAAAGCUUUGUAUACCUGUUACUAUUUUGAUUUUGUUGAUUCUGGCUUCAUAUCAGAGUGGGAUAUUCUUAUUUGUGUAUGUCUUCAGAUUCUUUGGCUUGAUGAUAUUAAUAAAAGUACAGUCUGUGUUCUUUUCUUCC